ACGUGGUUUGAACAUUUUUUUAGUUCUGCCCGUCCUAUUCAAAUAUUAUCCAAUGGCAUAUUCAUCAUCCCUCUAUCUCAUUUUAGCGAUGAUAUUUACAUGUCACAUGUAUGUUAAUGGAUGUUAUGAGUCCAUUAUAAGCUUUGGUGACUCGCUAGCUGACACUGGAAACCUAAAACAACUUUCACCUAUAUCCAAUGGUCACGCACCCCAUUUCUUAUUUCCUCCGUAUGGUGAAACCUUUUUCCAUAAUCCCACUGGACGUUGCUCCAAUGGUCGUCUUAUCAUCGAUUUUAUUGCUGAGAGUCUUGGGUUGCCAUUGAUACCACCGUCUCAAGCCACUAACAAAUUUUCGGGGUUGGAACAAGGAGUUAAUUAUGCCGUGGCGGGUGCAACGGCUUUGGAUUCGUCGUUUCAUGAAGCAAGAGGAGUUGUUAAUACAAUGACAAAUGCAUCAUUGGGUGUUCAAUUGGAAUGGUUCAAAGAAUCGUUGCCUUCUAUUUGUUCUUUAGUUUCAGAUUGCAAGAACUUGAUUGGUCGCUCUUUGAUUCUCAUGGGUGAGAUCGGAGGAAAUGAUUAUAAUCAUGCACUCACCGCCGGAAAAUCCAUCGAAGAAGUGGAGACAUAUGCUCCUUUUGUGAUCAAGGCCCUCAUCUCAGCAAUCGAUGAACUUAUUGAGGUAGGUGCCAAGACUCUUGUCAUUCCAGGGAACUUACCAAUUGGGUGCUCUGCUGCUUAUUUAUCGAUCUUUUAUGGCUCUAACGAGGUGCAAUAUGAUAACUCCACUGGCUGCAUUACUCAGUUGAACAAACUCGCUGAGUACCACAACGAACUUCUUCAAACAGAACUAAAUCAAAUCCGUGAAAUUCAUCCUGAAGUCAAUAUCAUCUAUGCCGACUACUACAAUGCAGCCAUGCAAUUUUUUCACAAUCCGUACAAAUACGGAUUCACAAAUGGUGCACUAAAGGCUUGUUGUGGUGGUGGAGGGCCAUUUAACUACAAUCCAUCUAUAGCAUGUGCAGACCCAACAUCAACUUCAUGUGCUCAGCCGGAUACUUAUGUUAAUUGGGACGGAUUGCACCUGACGGAAGCAGCAUAUAAAGUUAUUUUCAAGAGCUUAUUUGAAGGGUCAUUCACUUCUCCAAAGUUUAAUUCCUUGUGUCCUACUUCUAUGUUAAAACCGGUAGAAGAGGUUUUAAGUUCUAUGUAAGCAAUGGUUAAAAUGGAUUGAUUCUUAAUUAUUCAAGCAUUUGGGUACAUGUAAUCAUUUAGGAAUACAAAUGUUUUGUAAUCAAAUUGUAAUCAGAUGAAA